CCUCUCUGUGCUUCUGCACUUCUUUUAGCUGUUGCAGAGUGCCGCUCUACCUCCCGCUGUGUUUUCUUAUCUGACAGCUCUGGAACUGACAGCUCGGCGAUAGAAAUCCUCUCUGAUUGAGCCUGGUGUAUCGUUCUUUUGGUCCAGAGAAUUCUGAAGGACCACUGAAAAAGAUGUUGAGGCGACGGCCUUCCAAUGCCUCUGAGAAGGAGCAGACGCAGAAGAAGAAGCUUUCCCUGCAGAGGUCCAGCAGCUUCAAGGAUUUUAUGAAGCACAAACCUGCAUCUCCUGUUGCGUCAGACAAGGAGUUAAACUUUGAGGAGAAUGUUUCAGACAGUGUAACAGCAGAAGAGGCAAUGAAAAGUGGAAGCAAGUUGGGCAAGAAGUGGCGCAAUGUCAUCUCUCGCACAAUGACCCGCAAAACAUCCAAGAUGGUGCAGAAGGCCCUGGCUGAGGAGGGGGGUGAGAGUGGUGAGGAGUCGUCUCCCACAUAUUCAGAUUUUCUUCCUGAUCUGAGCGCAGGACAGAGGACGUCUGUGUGUUCCUCGGGGUCUGAGGACACCACACCCAACCUCAUCAGCCGCCAGCUCUCAGGAAGCAGUGACAGACAGAGCCUGGACAGCGGUUACUGUCAGAGAGACAGCAUGAGGCUGGAGGAGAAUGGCCUCUCUUAUAACGGACCAUUCUGUGGCCGUGCUUUGGUCCACACUGACUUCAUUCCCAGCCCUUAUGACGUGGAGUCGCUCAAACUUCAAAAAGGUGACAUCAUCUACAUCAUUGAAAAGCCCCCUGUGGGGACCUGGACAGGGAAGCUCAACAACAAAGUGGGCUCCUUUAAGUUUAUCUACGUCAACCUGCUGCCAGAUGAGAGCCCCCCCAACAGGAGAAGACGCUGCAACAGCAAGACCAACCGAGGAAAUUCCAGACCUAAAACCCUGGAGGAGGUGCUGGACGGCUUUGGUCUUAACGAGCUGAGUUCACUGCUGUCCAUGCAUGGUUUCCAGACUCUGGAGGACUUUGCAGGACUGAGGGACUCUCACCUCAAUGAGCUGAACAUCACUGACCCAGAGCAGCGCUUCAAGAUCCUGAACGCCUCUGAGCUGCUAAGAGACUCUGAAGAGGAGUCAGAGCCAGAGGAGGAGGGCAGAAGUGGAGAGGUCUCCAAGGAGCCGAGGGAUUCAGGCUGUUUCGAGAGCUCAGAGAACCUGGAAAACGGACCAAAAACAGAGGAGGAACUCCAGGCUGAAGCCGCAGAGGAGCAGACAAACCAGGAGGAGGACAAACAUGAGCAGGAAGAGGAAGACCAAACAGAACAGCUGGAUUCUGUGCAGGAGCAGCUGCAGGAGCUGACUGUGGAUGAGGGAUCAUGAGCAGUGGAGGAAAUAUACCCAAAAUCCUAAAACUCAAAAACUCUGUGGACUGAGGUUUAAUGCCAUGAAAUGUCUCAUCAUUAUAAGACGCCAAAGAAAAACAAUGUAAGGUUGAAAUAAUGUAGAGCCAUGAUGUGGUUUUACUGAGUUUGCUGGCACUGUUGAUCAGGCAGCAGAAUCUGUUAGCAUCUGCUACAGUUAAGUCAAAUCAUUUGAUGUAUGUUUUGAUGGAUUUAAUGUUGUGGGAAUUAUGGAACUUUUUGUUGUUUCUGUUUUCAUGUAAGGAACCAAAAAAGCAUUUAAUAUUUUUUUCUCCGUUCUUUGUGAUCCUGUGGUAAAUGUUUUCAUGUUGUGCAGUCUUCAACAAAUAGGAUUUGAACUGAAACUGGAUUGUGUGCUUGAACCUGUUUUAGGAGGUACAUUGUGUCAUAAUGAGGAAUGUUAACAGUGCUGUAAAUAGAUCUUGAAUUAAACUUUAUUCAGGUGUUUAAAAUGUUAUAAUCUUAUUAUCUCAGCCAACAAGGUUUGGUGUUGUUUGGCUCUUUUUGCAACAUAAUUUCAACAAAUUAAAUUGUCACAGUUUGUACAAUGUAUAGUAUUAGCAAGCAGGGCAUGGACCUUUAUUCUUUUUUUUUUUACACUAUUCUUUUAUUGUUUAAUUGACAAUCCAAUCACAUUGAUUUGAAUUCAUUUAUCAGUACUUUUAUUGGACUAUAAUCAACUGUAAAAACAGUUAUAUAUAUUUGGUUGUCAUCUGCAUACAUAGAAAUCUGUUGUUCUGUGGGAACAUGUAGAUGGUGAACAUAAGUGGCCUAGGUAUGAAGCCUUGGGGAACUCCAAAGGUCAUUGAACACAAACAUUUGUAAUUAUCAAUCAAAUGAAAAGGGGUCACAUUGCUUCAAACAGCAUCCAAAACCAGUUUAUGCCUGAGUAUUUGAGUAAUUUAUGAGGUUGAGGUAAAUGCAAACAGCAGUGUGCUACAUGCAUGACAAUGUUGGUCUUCAUUUAAGUUAAGCUUGUUAGCAUACUAAUAUUGGCUAAUUAGCUCUUAAGACAAUCUACAACUGAAGCUAAUUGAAAGCUACAACUAAAGUAUUUGAAACAUUUUAAAAACUCAAUGAUGGUUACCCUGGUUGAAGAGUGAAAUAAUUUAAAAAAUGAUACAGUUUAGUUUACACUGAAGGUAUUUGAUGCUGAGGGCUGCAAUGCAAACUUCCACAUUAAGAAAUGUAGUGAUCCCUAAAAAAUAAAGAUGAGGAAAGCUGUUCUGAUUUCUCUUUCAGAAGACGCUUCCUUCAAAUUACAGGCUGCUAAAAAAAUAUAUAUAUUUAUGCCCGGUAUAAUGCUGUUUUUCAACAUGAAGACCUCAGGAGGAGAAUUAAUUAAUUAAACAGUUUGGGGAACAUC